UGACUUCUUUUGCCAUUACUCCAUUUGAGUAUAUGAUCCUGGCCACCAUCAUAGCCAACUGUAUUGUUUUAUCCCUGGAGCAACAUCUUCCUGGUGAGGACAAGACACCUAUGUCCAAAAGGCUGGAGAAGACAGAGCCUUAUUUCAUUGGGAUCUUCUGUUUUGAGGCUGGUAUCAAGCUGGUGGCACUUGGUUUUGUUUUUCACAAGGGUUCCUAUCUCAGGAAUGGCUGGAAUGUAAUGGACUUCAUUGUUGUGCUAAGUGGGAUUCUGGCCACUGCUGGCUCUCAUAUGAAUAUUCCUGUGGAUCUGAGAACCCUUAGGGCUGUGCGUGUGUUAAGACCCCUCAAACUAGUUUCGGGAAUCCCCAGUUUACAGAUAGUUCUGAAGUCCAUUAUGAAAGCCAUGGUUCCCCUUCUGCAAAUCGGCCUUCUGCUCUUCUUUGCCAUCCUGAUGUUCGCUAUCAUCGGUCUGGAGUUUUACAGUGGCAAAUUACACCACACUUGCCUGCCGUAUCCAGAUAUACUCGAUAAUGAGACCGUGGACUCUUCUGAGGUGGACUUUGCGUGUGGAGUGAGGAAGUGCCCUGAUAAAUACACCUGCAUUGGCUCAUGGAUUGGGCCCAAUGAUGGCAUCACUCAGUUUGAUAACAUCUUGUUUGCAGUACUAACAGUAUUUCAGUGCAUUACCAUGGAGGGAUGGACUGCAGUCCUCUACAAUACUAAUGAUGCUUUAGGAUCCACAUGGAAUUGGGUAUAUUUCAUUCCUCUCAUCAUUAUCGGCUCGUUUUUUGUGCUCAACCUUGUUUUGGGUGUCCUUUCUGGGGAAUUUGCUAAAGAGAGAGAGAGGGUGGAGAACAGACGUGCCUUCAUGAAGCUUAGACGACAGCAACAGGUGGAGAGAGAACUCAACGGCUACCGGGCCUGGAUCGACAGAGCAGAGGAAGUAAUGCUCGCAGAAGAAAACAAGAAUUCUGGGAGGUCAGCAUUAGAUGUUUUGAAACGGGCCACUAGCAAGAAAAAUGCGAGGCGUCGAGGACCAGGAGAGGAGAAAUAUUCUGAAAUCUCUACAGUUGGUGGGCCGCGACCAAGAGUUGGUAUACGAACAGCAAGACGAGGUCCUGCUGCUUACAUGCGGCGCAAGGAACGCAUGUUGCGAAUCUCUAUUCGUCGCAUGGUUAAAACCGACAGCUUCUAUUGGAUAGUCCUCAGUCUGGUGGGUCUCAACACCAUCUGUGUUUCCAUCGUUCAUCACAAUCAACCGAAAUGGCUCACUGUCAUUCAAUGUUAG